UGAUAGGGACCUUAUUGAAGCAUCUCAGCAACACCAUUGUGGAUGGUCAUUGGCAUUUGACCUCCAUAGAACAUGGCAUACCAGUUGUACAGGAAUACCACAUUAGGCAAUAGUCUUCAAGAAAGCCUAGAUGAGCUCAUACAGUCUCAGCAGAUUAAUCCUCAGCUUGCCCUUCAAGUACUGCUUCAGUUUGACAAGGCUAUUAAUUCAGCAUUGGCCCAGCGAGUCAGGAACAGAGUAAACUUCAGGGGAUCACUGAACACAUACAGAUUUUGUGAUAAUGUCUGGACCUUUGUACUGAAUGACGUGGAGUUCAGGGAGGUGACUGACUUGGUGAAAGUGGAUAAAGUUAAGAUCGUAGCGUGUGAUGGCAAAAACACCGGCUCGAAUACUGCGGAGUAAGCAAGACAUUGUUGGUCUGGGGCCUUUCUUAUGAAAUCAUUUACAAGACUGUUUUAUUUAUUUCACUGAUAAACCCGGGGGGGGGGGGGUUAUAAAAAUCAAACAAGAUUUUGAAAAUUUUGGUAGUUUAUCACCUGCUCACAUUCUAGUACGCAGAGUAUUACUUUUUUAAUACCAAUGUGAAGUUGCCUUUUUUGUUUAUGAAAAUGUCUAAUAAACUUUUAUUUAAUAAACCUGUUUAAAAAAAAAAAAAAAA